AUGGAUAAUCGUGGCAGACAAACGCCUGCAAACAAAACUCCUGGAGAACAGAUACAAGAGAAAAUGAAAGAAAGCAAUAAAGUGCCAGUAAAAUUAAACAUUUAUAAGAAAGUGUUUGGUACAGAAUACAAUUUAGCGUUCUAUCACCCCAAGAAGGAUCAAUGUAGCAUUUGUAACAAUUACAAAAAAGAUAAAACUAAUAUAAAUAUUCAAAAUGAGUAUACUCAACAUAUAGAGCGAAAAGAGGCAUCUUAUAGAUCUAAAGAGCUGGAUAAAAAGAAGUCGGGAGAAGAUGAAUCAUAUUUGUGUGUCACCAUGGACUUGCAAAGUCUACUGCAGAUUCCAUCGACUGCAGAUAGUCUAAUGUAUUAUUCCAGAAAAUUAAAUUUAUAUAAUUUAUCUAUUUAUGAGUUUAAACCUCCGCAGAACGACGCUCACUGUAUUAUCUGGACGGAAAUAAACGGCAAAAGAGGCAGUGUUGAAAUAGCAUCUGCUACUCAUUUAUGGAUUAAGAAUCUCCCCGAGGUUUUAACGCACGUCACCAUUUAUUCCGACACGUGCUCGGGACAAAACCGAAAUCAGUAUAUAGCAGCAUUUUUAUUAUACUUAGUACAUACGCAUGAGACAAUCAAAGUAUUAGAACAGAAAUAUCUAGAAAGUGGUCAUAGUUUUAUGGAAGUAGAUUCAAUGCAUAGUGCCAUAGAAAAAGAAAAAUUUACAAAGACACGUAUUCUAUAA